AUGAAUUUUAUAUUGUUUGUUUUUGUAUCUGGAGUUUUUUCCUCAGAGAUUAACAUUACGAAGCCUACUAUUGAAGCAUUACCUGAUGUGACGCCUUUAAAUGAAGAAAAUAGAGUGGAAGAAGAAAUGUAUAGGGAUGAUUCUCACGAAAAAGCUCCUGCUAAUGGGAAAAGUGACCAUUAUUAUAAAGACACAAAACAAUAUGUGAUCACAACAGAAAAUCCAAAUGGUACUGCCUCUGAAAUAUCCGUGAGAGCAACCACUGAUAUAAAUUUUGCUCUAAGAAACUAAACAACCCCAAAUGUGCCUGCAUUUUGGACAAUGUUAGCUAAAGCUAUAAGUGUAACAACGAUGAGCGUGGACGAUAAAGAUCAAUUAUUUCAACCAAUUCCAAGCUCUGAUGUGAACCCAACAAACAAAGACCUGUCAGAGCUAGAGGACCUCAAGUACAAAUUAAUGCUGGGCAUCGCCUUGAUGACCUUCAUCCUUUUUGUCACCCUCCUGGUAUUCUGUUGUGUCACACUGCACAAACUGAAGCAGCUGAAUAAUAAACGUUGUGACAGUGACUACUCUGUCAACCCAGAACUGGCAACUCUUUCUUAUUUUCAUCCAUCAGAAGGUGUAUCAGAUACUUCUUUUUCCAAGAGUGCAGAAAGCAGCACAUUUUGGGGCACCAGUUCUUCAGAUAUGAGAAAAUCAGGCACCAGAACAUCAAAAUCUAAAACUAUGGUGGAUAUGACUUCCACAGGCUCAGAUGAGGAUGUAGUCAUGAACUAUGAGUCAGGCUUACUUAACUAUGAGGAACCGAUACCUCAGGAGCUCAAGGUCAGUGCCUGUGGGCUGGCGGUGAUGGGCGAGAGAACAAGCCCUUUCCGAGACCUAAGAGCCAAGUUGCUCCACAGUGUGUGUCCCGAGGCGUGCCGAACAGCGCGCUACGGGGUCCCGUGGAAGGGCGUUUUUCGCGAGCCCUUCGGAUGGGCAGGCAGUUCCGGAACCCCUGGCGUGGGUGGGCGGGGUCUCCGUGAUGCUGGGGAAGCUGGGUGGCCUGGGCAGGCGGUCCCAAGAGCUUCUCUAACCCCCGGCAGGAGCGGGCGCCACCUCCCGGUAACGCAGAGAAGGCAGGCGCCGGCCGCGCUCCGCGUGGGUAGCCCCGCGCGCGCCCCGACGGGGCGGGGAGCAGCCGGCCAGGAGCUCGCGGUGGGCGCGCGGUCUCCUGGCAAGGACCAGCACACGCCGGCUCCUGGCAGCGGCGGACCCCGGAAGGGCGCCCAGAACGACGUGCACAAAGUUCGCUGGUUGUAA